AUGAUUGAGUGUUCAGAGUGUCGUGCUUUAUUUUCUCACAGAGAUGCCAUGAUGCGUCACAAAAGACUAAAACACGGGGACAGCGAUCAGGAAGAGGAUAUUGACAUGAGUGAUGUCUCUCCAACACAGAGUGAUACUGACAGUGACGCAGAGGAAGAGAAUAUCGUCUUUCGCCAAAUGGCACAUAAAGCGCGAAAACAUAUUGCUGGGGAGUGGCAGAAGAGAUACGAGAAAUACUUGAACCAAAAUAUGUCAGAAAAGAAAGCUAGAAAGGAAUGCAAAGAUACGCCCAAGGGUGAGGAGUAUAGAGGAACACUAAACGUCACCAAAGAUGGUAUUCCCUGCCAGCGAUGGGAACGUGAUUAUCCGCAUAUUCACAACUGGAGCACACUCGAAGAAAACUACUGUCGGAAUCCAGACGGCGAAACCGCUCCGUGGUGCUACACUAUGAAUCCUGAUGUGCGCUGGCAGACAUGUGACGUCACAUUUUGUUUUAAUUCAUCAUUGAGAUGUGAUGGUGAAAUGGAACCAUGCAGCCUUGAACAAAUAAAUGAUUUAGAAAUACAAUGGUCAUCCUAUCAAUCCAGCGAAGGUUGGGUCCACACUACAGGCUGCAACAUCAGUCGCAUGCUCCGUCUCCAACCCAUGUUUUUAAUGGUGACUGAUGUCAAGGGUUCAUCUACGGUGUAUCACCUUGCUUCGCUUUCCAAUAAUACAACACUAUUACCUAGUUUGAAAUUACCUCGCCUACGUUUUGUGUCAACCGGAAGUUGCAUACACCUAGAGUACAGAAGCGAAGGUAUUCAUCUGAAAUUAUCAACCGCCGCACAAACAUUGACGCUUCUUACAGAGAGAAGUGUCUGGAAAUCUGUUAAGGUCAACAUAAGACCAGAACCACAGAAUCUCAACUACGAGGUGCUUAUAGCCCCUAUACCAUCCUCCUCAAGUUCAUUUGAUGUAACAAUUAAAUUCAUAAGUGUCCAAGAUAAAUUUUGCGAAGGGUGUUUUUCCUGUCUCACUGACGGAUUGUGCAUAGAGAGUUCAAAAUUUUGCGACUUAAAAAUAGAUUGUCCAGAUCUUUCAGACGAGAAAAACUGUGCUUUUGAAUGCUAUCAUAAGAACUAUUACGCUGGGUUUCGGAAAGAAACCAGUUCUCUUCAACAAUGCGCCAACAAUCGGUGUAUGUUUGGUCAAAAGUCAAGAGGAACACCCGGAUGUCUUGCUGGAAAUAAAAACCAAUGGGCACCUUGCAAUGUUCCGGAAUGUGAUACAAAGAGCCUAAGUUGUGAUUUUGAAGAGAGCAUGUGUGGCUGGAGACAGAUGUUAGGGAGAUUGAAAUGGAGACGCCAGACAGACGCAAAUACUGGUAAGGGAACUCUUACUUUGUCGAAGGUUAAUGAAAGCUUGGAGGACAGCGCUGUUUUAUACAGUACAAUUCAGCCAGUAUCAACCGAAUUUGGUUGUAUUACAAUGAAGUACUCUGGUCACAAUGUAAAUUUUGACGUCUUCAUAACCAACGGCACGACUUUUGAUCCAGACGAACCAGUAUUCUAUCAUCAAAACGUACAGACAGACAAAUACAUCUCUACCAGCUUCCAGACUCCUACCGAUGUCCCAUAUAUGGUAAUUGUUAAUGUACGUUUUGAAUCCAGUUCAUCGAGCAUCAUACGACUUCUGAGUAUAUACCAUGAAACGGGAAUUUGUAAAGAUAGAGGACCGUGCAACACAUUUCAAUUCCAAUGCAAUGAUGGAAAUUGUAUCGAUAAUAUAAACGUUUGUGACAAUAUAAGUCAUUGUCCAGAGAUGGAGGAUGAAUUAUUGUGCAAAUAUAAGAGUAAUGCAUGUUACUCCUGUCUCGAAACCCUUUACAAGUGUCCUUCUCACUGCACCUGUCAGAAGUUGGUAUUCAGAUGUGACUCACUGCAAAAUGUUUCAAAGGAGGCCAGAGCUCUAGAUCUCAGCUCAAGCAAUUUGAACGUUCACCAUCUAAAGAAUUUCAGUUUUCUUGUACAUCUCAAUCUAUCUGCUUGCUUUAAAGGAAACGUUUCUCUUAAAAAUCUAGGAAGCCAAUUAGGGUCGAAAAGUCUUCAAAGUUUAGAUAUCUCAUACAACAGUAUUCAUCAUAUAGAGACUAAUUUGUUUGAAGGAAUGCAAGAAUUACUGUACCUUAAUAUUUCAAACAAUUGCAUAAAAAAAUUAGAACUGGAUUUUCUCACUAAAAUUCCAAAGUUAAGGCAUUUGAUCUCAAAAUAUAGCGAAAUAGAAAUUAUUCGUUUGAAAGAUAGUAAACACAAAUUUAGUUCAAGUCUAGAACGUAUAGAUUUCACAGGCAAUCGUAUUCUGAAAAUUGUACCAGGAUCAAUUUACUUCCUAAAUUAUCUGACUAAAUUGAUCUUAACUCAUAAUGCUAUUGCAAAUACAGAUAAUUAUUUUUCAGAUUCACAGGAGAUGCUUACCUAUAUUGAUCUGAACAAUAACUCUAUACACACAAUCACGAGCCACAUGUUCGUUGGUUUAAGCAAGUUGAAGGAACUGAACCUAGAAAACAAUGAAAUAGAAGUAUUAGAGAAUUUCGCAUUUUCUACACUGAUAUCUCUUAGAAUAUUAAAUUUAGCCUUCAAUAAAAUCCACACAAUACGUAAACGGGCAAUGGAAAACUUAGUUUCACUAAUUCAUUUGAAUCUCACGGGCAAUCUAUUGUUAAAACUUCCGUCUGCAAGAUUUGUCCCUUUGAUAAAACUGCAAGUCCUAGAUUUGUCCAAAAAUGGAUUGAGAGAACUUGAUUAUAAUGCUUUUAAAAGAAUGGAAGAAGUUAAAUAUCUAUAUAUUCAAGAAAAUGAAUUAACUAUAUCUAAAACAAUGUUCCAAGGCUUGUGCAACCUUGAAUGGCUAUGGACGGACUCUUACAUUAUUUGUUGUGCUAAGCCCAUGUCAGUCGAUACCUCAAAAUGCAUAUCCCCCCGUGACAGUAUUUCCUCCUGCGAACAGUUGAUCAGUAUUGGGUUUCUGGCCCAGAUGAUCUGGUUUAUGGCGCUGUUUUCCUUUGUUGGGAAUCUGUAUGUUAUUUAUUACAGAAUAAGGAAUGUCAGCGGAAGAAAAUCUGUUUCACAGGAAAUGUUCAUAUUGAAUCUGAGUUUUUCCGACUUUUUAAUGGGCGUUUAUCUGUUCAUCAUUGCAAUAGCAGAUCUAACAUAUCGUAACGUAUAUGGAUUCAAUGACGAUCCGUGGCGAUCUAGUGCAACAUGUACAAUUGCCGGGUUACUCGCCACGGUUUCUAGCGAAGCCUCUGUUCUUUUCGUUUUUCUAAUAACAGUUGAAAGGUUUAUAGUAUUAAAAUAUCCGUUUUCUUUGGCACUCCUUAAAAGGAAGAAAAGUACUCGCUGUGUUGCAAUACUUGUAUGGAUAAUUGCCAUCGCACUCGCAGCGGUUCCUCUGUCCGUCUACCCUGACUUUUACAGCAGAUCUACAGUAUGUGUAUCUCUCCCUUUGACGGCGGAGAGGGUCCAAGGUUGGGAAUAUUCCACAUUUGUUUUCAUAGGAUUUAAUAUGCUGAUUUUCAUAGCUGUGGUUCUAGGACAGAUGCUCAUUUAUGUGGAAGUGAAGCGCAUUGGAAAUGCUAUUACGAACGACACGACAAAGAGAGAGAUUGCUGUGUUCAAGUCCCUCUCUUAUGUUGUGUUAUCGGACACUUUCUGCUGGAUCCCCAUCAUACUAAUAGGACUUUUGGCUCAUGGAGGAGUUCAGAUUUCAUCUGAUGUAUAUGCAUGGGUUGUUGUUCUUGUUCUGCCAAUUAAUUCAGCAUUAAAUCCAUUCAUAUACACAUUCAGCAUGAUUUAUAAAAAACAGGUAUGA